AUUCCAACCAGCCCAAAUUAUUCAUUAUUCAUGCUUAGGCCGUUUACUUUGGUUGUCUCUUUUAGCAUGGUGCUUAUAUUAUGGGAAGAGUGAUUAUAAUUUGUUGCUGUUUGUAAAGGUAAUAACACUGAUAGAAUCCAAUCAUUGCUGGUCCCAGCACACUUGGAAAGUCCUGCAAGGACUCAGCUACAGAAGGUUCAGCGACAGCAAGUAAAACCCUUCAUGACCCUUGACCACCAGAUUCUCAACCAAAGUUUUAAAAGGUCACAUCCUCCCACGCCAAGCAGUGAACUUCUGGUGCAGCAUGGACACCCGUCUCCCGAGAGUGACACUGGUCUCACUGGAAAUCCGCUCACCAAGUUGCUAACUCCUGGCAAAGAAGAUGACAAUACGGAAUGGCAUAUGGAGGACAUUAUUGAGGAUAUAAUUGGUAUGGACCCAAGUUUUAAAGAGGAAGGAACAGAUUCUCCUCUGCUAAUGCAAAGAACAGUAUCUGGAAGUAUUUUGGAUGUGUAUAGUGGUGAGCAAGAAAUUUCGCCAGUUAAUAUGGGCCUUACAAGUGCUUCUUGUCCAAGUAGUCUACCAAUGAAAAGAGAAAUUACAGAAACAGAUACUCGCGCUUUGGCCAAAGAGAGACAAAAAAAGGACAACCACAACCUCAUUGAAAGAAGAAGAAGAUAUAAUAUUAACUACCGAAUCAAGGAGCUUGGCACUCUUAUUCCAAAGUCUAAUGAUCCUGAUAUGCGCUGGAACAAAGGAACCAUUCUAAAAGCAUCAGUGGAGUACAUCAAGUGGCUACAAAAAGAACAACAGAGAGCUCAAGAAUUAGAACACAGACAGAAGAAAUUAGAGCAGGCUAACAGGCGCCUUCUACUCCGCAUUCAGGAACUAGAAAUACAGGCUCGUGCUCAUGGUCUGCCAACCCUGGCUUCACUUGUCACAGUUGAUUUAGGUGCUCACAUCACCAAACCACAGACCCAUCUAGAGCAGAAUUCAGGAGACUAUUGCCAACAAUUGGUUCUGUCUCAGGGGACAAGCCCUGAACUCUGUGAUCAAGCUAUGGCCUUCUCCGAUCCUUUGUCACACUUCACAGAUUUAUCAUUUAGUGCAGCUUUGAAAGAGGAACAAAGAUUGGAUAACAUGCUACUGGAUGACACAGUAUCUCCGUUUGGAACAGAUCCUCUGCUAUCUGCCAUUUCUCCUGCAGUUUCUAAAGAGAGCAGUAGAAGAAGUAGCUUUAGCUCAGAAGAUGGUGAUGAGUUAUAAAAAAAUAAACAGGCUCAAUUGAUCAACUAGGAAGAAAUUUUGUGCUGGUGCUAUGCAAUUACAUUCUUGUUUCAUACAUUUCUCUCGCUUAAUUUUUCUGAAGGGAAUAUAUUGGUCAUGAAACACUGAUUGGUUAGAAACAGCAGAAUUUACAGGAAGGACAAACACGGUGUUGAAGAAUUAUGGACAGAAAAAUGUUGUUUUUUUUUUUUCUCUUUGACCACUAAGUCCAAAUCUACUUAAAUAUUGUUUUUCUGGAAAGAGGUACAACAUGAGAAAUAGCUCUCUACUGAUGUUUUAAAAGUAGUCACUUAAUGAUAUGCUAUUGGAACUAACAGACUGCAAGAAUAAACCUUCUGAAACAAACGUUUUCUUCCUUUUGAAACAUGCAAACGUUUCCUUCCUUACUUCCAUCUCUUUCCUAUUCAAGCUCUGACUACAUUAGUUUUCAAGAAUCAAGAUCAACAAUCUGGUGGUUCAUUGCCUUUCUCCAUUGUCUGGUGGAUAUGUUGUCUAAAGUUCAAGUCUUGUAGAGGAACUAAAUAAAAGAUAGAUUAUCUGCCACUUAUAAUUGAAGAGUAAAUCUAUAAUAAACUCUAGAAUUUCCACAAUAAAACACAGAAAAUUUAUAAAAACCUUUGGAUUCUAAAGACUCAAAUUCCCUUUGUCAGUUCAAUUACACAAAUGCUAAAAGCUUCUUUGCAUAUUUAUAGAGAAGACACACACAGUCCAGAAAAGGAACACAUUGCAUCUUUUCCUCGAGAAUAUUGGCUGGACUUGUAUCAUUUCACUUCACACAAAUAUACUCCCCCAAACAGGCACAAAAUAGAGGAAAUAUAUGUUCUUUAUUCCCCUUCAUUCUUCUGAUUUUCUAAUCAGCAUCUGAAAUUACAUAUUAAAUUAUUUUUGCUUCAUCAAGAAGAGAUAUUGGAUAAUCAGUCUCAGCAAAUAAAAUAUUGAAAGUCCACCUAAAGGACAGUUUGUUAAUUUGUUAAAUAAUACUUAUCACUGUUUCAAAAACUGGAUUUAAAUUAAUUAGUUGAUACAGUUUUCCUUUGAAUUUAUGAAAUAUUGAAAAUUGGAUUGCCAACUGACAAAAUAAUUAGUAAAACAGAAAAGCUUUCUUAUUACUUCAGCUCUGAGUAGAAGAUAUAGUGCUAUUCCUAAAAAUACUUAAAGUACCUUAUGAUCUUUGUUAGCCUUUAUUAAGAACAUUUAUACAUAUGGUGAUUUACUCAAUUUUUUUCUCUUCAGCUUCUUCAAAGCUUUGGGAAUUGACUUACCAGGAAUAUUGCUCUGUUAUUAGACCUGCGUGAACAAUCAUCUGAUCAAUGAGCAUUUAAGGAGAGAUGUUGAAAACUGCAAUAAAUUUUAUGAAAAUAUAGAACAGAAGAGCAAGAUAUGGUCUUACUCCUCAGGGAGUUAACGAGACUGCGUAAGAAACCACAACAAAAGAUAGAAGACUUUUAAAAUUAAAGUCUACAUGGUGUGGUAUAAACUGCAAAUACUGAAGUUCAGAAAAAAUAAAAUUGAAGGUUGGAGAAUCCCAAAGGGUGUGGGAAGAGCAGAAUUUAAAACUUCUUUUAAAAAGCAUACGUUUGGUGGAGGGGAGGCUAUACAGGAGAAUAAUAUCAACUAAAUGAUAAAAUGAGAAUAAGUUGGGAAAGCAUCUUCAUGAGACAUUCAUUAGAGAGAUCUAGAAGACAUCUGUUGGGAAACCUGAAAACUAUUGACAACAACUUAUGAAAGUCUCUUUGAAAACCAAGAUGAAAUAAUGUAGUAGAAAUAUAUAUAUAUAUUUUAACCAGGAGGAAUAAGUCUAAAAAUUAAAAUCCUGCUGUGUAUUACUAUGAUUGAGAUGUAGUCAUUCAUGAAUAUUAACUUUGGGAUAAAUUUUUGAAAGGGUGCUUCAGGUUUUACUCGCAUGAAAAAUACGUCAUCACAAAAUUUGAGACUUAUUGCUAAUUAAAGUGGACAAAUACUAAAUCCUUAUGGUGUAUUAAUUAUCUCAGGUUUGGUUUAUAGCAUCAAUUCAGAGUUUGGAGAUCUGAAAUAAUUUUCACUUUUUGACAUGAAAAAACUCUUAAUUAUAGGAAUAGUCAUCAAAGCCAGAUAGAUAAAUUAAUCUGAAAUAGGUCAUGUGAAAGAAAGAAUAAGAUACAUUUCCUCAAGAAUUUGAGAACAUUAUAUUGUUCAAUUGCUAAGUCAUGUCCGACUUUUUGUCACCUCAUGGACUGCAGCAAGCCAGGCUCCCCUGUCCUUCACUAUCUCCCGGAGUUUGCUCAAACUUAUGUCCAUUAAAUUGGUGAUGUCAUUAUAUACUUUAUUGCAAAAUUCUACUUUAUUAUCUGAGUUGAUAAUUUAACAUUGCAAAUCAUAGAGAAGGAAUAUAUCUUAGAGUCAAUGAAAAACAUAUCAUUCUAGACAGAGGCUAAUUUCUGUAUAAUUUUGUACAUUAUUCUAAUUUUUUCAUAUUCUAGAAAAAUCACACUAUUGAUGUCAUUAAUUUGUCAUCAUUUUCCAUUCUGCUAAAAUACUACUACUCAGCCCUGAAAGCCAUUUCUCAUAAUCUCAGCUAGUGAAUGGCUUCACACAAGAUGGUAGAGCCUGGAUGAGAGAGAUCUGGUAGAGAAAAUAUUUGCUGGAAAAGGUAAUAUUUGCUGCUACUUGCAGAUUAUAAUAGCUAUUAGGGGAUUGUGAAAUAGGUAAUGGAAUUUUAAAGACAGAGUAAAAGAUAGUGUUUUAUAACAGUCAACUGAAGUAGAUUAAAAAAUUAAUUUUAGUUCUUACUUUUGAAGGCCUUGAGAAUUUAUGGAAAGUUAUAGACCUUCUCCCCAGAAAAAUGCAGAGUUUAUAUGCUGCUGCUGCUAAGUCACUUCAGUCGUGUCCGACUCUGCAACCCCAUAGACGGCAGCCCACCAGGCUCCGCCGUCCCUGGGAUUCUCCAGACAAGAACACUGGAGUGGGUUGCCAUUUCCUUCUCCAAUGCAGGAAAGUGAAACGUGAAAGUGAAGUCGCUCGGUCUUGUCUGACUCUUAGCGACCCCAUGGACUGCAGCCUCCCAGGCUCCUAUAUGCAGCCCUAAAUUUAUAUGCACUAAGGGUUUUGUGGGACCUCAUGUAUAUCUCCUUGGAUCCCACAUGAAAAAUUCCCACAUCAAAAGCAAAGUAUACAGUUAAUGUCAUAUGUAAUGAGGGAAGACGGAGCCCUAGUUAUCUGAAUAUCAUUAUCCAAGCUCUAGAAAUGAUAAAGUUGCAUUGGUAAGUGAAAGUGUACCAAACACUAGCUGCUUUCACUAAAAAAGUUGUGAAUUCACUUAUAAAAUAGACCCUUUCUAACAACCCCUGUUAUAUACAUGGCUCUGUCAUAUAUUUACAGAUUUAUGGCUCAGUUUCUCUGUGAUAAUUAGAUGUUGCAAGUAUCUGACAAUGAUAUUUUAAAGUUAUAUAUAUGUAUAUAUUUAUCAAAGUAGAGAUAAGAUAAAUUCACGGCAAAUUAUUUGACUAUCUAAGAAUCAAGAAUUAUCCUUGGGAAAAUCGAUGCCUAUAAUAUUUUUGCAGAAAUGAGAUGUACAACAGUACAUGUGAUUUAGGAGAAGUGAAGUUUCUCCAUUGUGUGCCACCUCUUUGCAAUCCCAUGGACUGUAGUCUACCAGGCUUCUCCAUCCAUGGAAUUUUCCAGGCAAGAAUUACUGGAGUGGUUUGCCAUUUCCUUCUCCAGAGCAUCUUCCCUACCUGGGGAUUGAACCCAGGUCUCCCGCACUGCAGGCAGACCCUUUACCCUCUGAGCCACCAGGGAAGCCCACAUACAACAGUAAAACAGAUAUAUUGUCUAAAAUAAUUUUAUCACAAUAAACAUCAGCUAUCACUGGACUAUUAAUACACAAUUUAACCAAGUCUUGUUCAUGCAAAUAAUUAUAUAAUUGCUAUCAUAAUUAAAAAAAACUUUGCUAAAAUGAAAUAAAACAAUUUAAAAAUUACUUUUAUUUAUUUUUCAAGGUCCCAUGCAAUCUUUUUUCUCUGAAGUAUUGGCUUCCUUUCCCUGGAUUCACAUUAAACAACCCUUCCAACUCCUAAUUAUCUUAAAAUAACAAGGACCACUUACAAGUAGAUGUAGCUUUUUGUAUGUUUUUUCUUUUUAGUGUUCUUUCUUCUUGAAUUUUCCCCAUAACUGGAGAAUAUAUUACAGAUAAUAUUUCCUCAGUUUAUAGACGUGAAGUCAGUGAAUAUGGCUCUCUACGUGUGAGUGCAAAAGUUCUAAGUAAUAAUUAGCCAGAUGGACUGGGAACACUGGGAACAGCCUUCCUCUACUUUUUAAACUCAUUCUUUGCCACUCACAUCACUGUAAAUAAAAUAUUUAGUAGCUCUUUCUUUAAAAAAUAAACACAAUGAGUUUUUUGAUUUGGUAUGCUCAUUUACCUUCAUGUCAAGGGAGAAGUUAGAUUUCACAAGGUAAAAUAUAAUUUAUUUUUUCUUCGUUUUGAUAGAUUGAGUCAUACUGGAAUUUUCUUAUACUUCACUAUCAUGAAAAUAUUUUUUACUCUUAUGGUAUUAUGAAAUUUUGAUAUUUUAUAAUGUCUCUAGGCUGAUAUUUACCUACCUUAUAAGGUCUAAGAUGUAGAUGAAAACUGGAAUUAGUUAAUCAUUUUGCUAUGUUAUCAACACUAGAUCAGCCAUCUGGGUCUCUUGAAAAUAGAACUGAAUUUUGCUACAGUAUUGAUUAUGGUACAUCCUAUAUCUGUUACAUGGAAUUACAUCAUUCGCCUUUCUGAUGCCUUGCUUAUUGACAAGUCCAAGAUGUCAAUUUGAUUUAGUGUAAAUUACAUAUACAGUGAUUUCAUUACAUUUACUUAAUAAAUACUUAACACAAAAUUUAGAGUGUUGCAUAUCUAAUGCAUCUUACAACCUUCCUGUAAUCAUUAUUCAUUGUAUACAUCAAUAUUUUAUCAUUUGUAUGAUUUCUAAUUUGUAUAUGAAGUAUUUAAAACCUGAUAAAAAUAAUUUUCUUAAAAUUUCUCUGUGCUACAUUUGUUUUCUGUGAGAGUCAUAGACUAUUUUAGUAUAUAAGAGAUUAUCCCAAAAUAAUUAUUUUCAUUAAAAAACUUCCCACUGGAUUCAACCAAUUUAAUGAUGAAAUACUUUAUCUGCUGCUUUAUACAUAAAAGGGAACUUUUUAUCUUUUUGUUGUAAAGGGAUUUGUGUAGGUAUUUCUACAUAUUCAAAUUUCUUUUGUGUUUUCUACUGAUGAAAUCUUCAGUUACAUGUCUUUUUUCCCUACAUUUAUCUAACAUGCUUCAAGAAUAAAGUUAAAGACUUUUGUGUUUCCAAUUCUACCUCUCCUAUUCCUGCACUACCAUUUUAUUUCAAAAAAUUCUGUAUUCUCAAUGCUGCUUUUUCCACAGAAAUAAAUUUUAUUUGUAUGACAUUUAAAGCUGGUGAUUAUAUAUAACAGAUAAAAUAGAAAAUAUGCAAAAUGUGCUGAAAGAAUUAUAUGCAACCAGUUAUAUUAUUCUUUAUUACAUGAAUACUGAAGUUUAAAAGCUAACUAAAUUCAAGGAUCUUACCUAAGAGCAUUGAAGUUGCUUAUGGCAUAAAAUGCUAAAAUUAAUUCAGCUAUUUAAUCUUAAUAAUAACAAUGUAGUUAAAAAUCUUUGACUUUAAUAGGAUUUUGUAUAUUUGAAUAACUGAAAUCAUAUUCCUAUAAUUUUGAUCUAACAUUUGUUGUAUCAAGAAAAAAUUGUUAUUAUAAUAAGACUGUAGAAUUUAUAACUAUUGCUAUUUUUCAUUUUUAAUAGCAAAGUAAUAUGUCUUAUUUUCUAAGAAAAUAUCACUCGUGUUCUCUGAUAAGUACAUGAAUCUUUGUACACAUACUGUAAAAAAUGAACCAAUAUUAUCUUUGCAUAUAUAUAUAUGUAUAAAAUGAAAGCAUAGAAUUGUUAAAUGCUUUAAUAUACUUUUUUUUCUGACUUUGUACAUAAACUGCACUGGAAAAUACAGAAUGUAGGAUAAUCAUCUAAAAGGAUACUUGGCAGCCAUGAGACCUCACAACUGGCAACUGCUUACUUGAUAGUCCUUGCUGAAAACA